AUGACGGACGUUUCUCCUAUUAAAAAUUUAGACAAUAAAAUUACUGAUUCUAUCGAUACUGAAAAGAAUACUACUGACAUUACAAAUACUGUUACUGACUUUACAAGCUUUGACAAAACUAAAAACAAUGAUACUGAUACUAUCUAUACUGAAGGCAAUGCUACUGACAUUACAAAUACUGUUACUGACUUUACAAAAUUUGACAAAACUCAAAACAAUGAUACCGACACAAUUAAUACUGAUUCUGACAUUUUAAACUGUGACAAAUCAGACAAUGAUACUACUACUACUUACGUUCAAGACGGCAAUGAUACUUACAAUAACAAUAACGCUGACUUAAAACACACUAAUACUGAUAUUUAUGACAAUAUUAACCCUGAAAUUAGAAAUACUGUGACUGGUACUGCGGACUGUGAUACAACUCAAAAAAAUACUAUUGCUGAUGAAGUUGUAGGCUGCAGCAAAGCUUCCAAUAAAACUACCGAUAUGGACGGUACAGACUGUGAUAAAACUUACAAUAGUACUACUAAUAUAAAUCACCGUGACACUACUAUUACUGACGCUAGUACUGAUCUUAAAAAAACUGACAUAAAAACUACUGAUGAUAAAGGUAAAGAUAAAACGAAUACUGAUAAGACGAACUUCAAAAACACUGAGGAUAAAGACACUAAAAUUACUUACACACGAACCGAUAAAAUUGAAAUUAUGCCAAAAAGUCGAGUAUUUGUUUCCGUUGGAGAUUAUAAAAAAAUGAUCAAAAUCACAAGUAAUCCGAGUAAACUAGCCAGAGUAUUUUUGAAAAAUAUAUUCGGAAAUGAGCUGCUGGUAAUGAGUAUAACUGAUUGA